UCAUAAGAACUGAAGGGGAGCUCACCUAUUAUUGUAGUGCUGACUUGUUGCUUGGAUUUGUUUGCUCACGGAAUACCAUGGCGUCACCUGAACGAAAGCUCAAGAUCCUGUGUUUACAUGGUUACAGGCAAUGCGGAGUCACAUUCAGAGAGAGGACCGGUGCACUCAGGAAGAUGCUGAAAAGCAUGGCCGAGUUUGUUUUUGUGACUGCUCCCCAUGCGAUUCCUGGUAGUGAAGACUUGGAAAUAGGCAAGCAGUAUGGCUGGUGGUUUUCUGACUCGUCCUGUUAUGACUGCAAUGCGGAGACAUGUGUUGAUAUUGGCUUCGAUGAUUCGGUGGAGUUUUUGCGCCGUGUCCUGAAAGAGCAGGGUCCGUUUGAUGGUGUACUAGCUUUCAGCCAGGGUGCAUCGUUUCUGGGCAUGCUGUGUAGAAUGCAGAUGUCUGAACCAGAAGUCUUCAAUUUCAAGUUUGUUUUGCUAGUCGCUGGCUUCCGCUCACUACAAGAGGCUCACCAGCGCUACUACAGUGCGGCCAAGAUGACCAUUCCAAGUCUGCAUAUGAUCGGCGACACCGACAAGGUUAUAGUAUCCUCACGUAGCGAUGAGUUUGCGGAAAUGUUUGAAAACCCGGACAUCAUUCGACAUCCCGGAGGUCACUUCAUUGCUGCCUCCUCUGCCCAGAAAGACGGCUUUAAAUCAUUCCUGAAACGGUUUGUCUAGCUUGACCAUUGCGAAUAGAACUAUAGCGGAAUCGGCUUUUCAUUUUUGCAUUCGGUGCUGACUGUUAGUUUGGCAGCGAUUCGCUGGUUUGAAGUGAUUGGCAGGCAGUACGUCUUGGCCCGGUAUGAAUUGCUGUGAAGUAGCCAACUUGCCUUGACCUAUCACGUUAUCUGCGCUAUUGCCUUGGUCUGGGACUACGCUAUUGCCUUGGCCUGGGACUGUGCUGAUGCCUUGGCCUGGAAUCACCGGGCUAUUGUACCGCUGGGCUACACCUUGGCAUUGGGUGACAUGUUCAACAGCCUUCUCGAUUUGCGAUGGCUUCCCAGUGAGGUAACGCUGUGGUCUGCUGCUACUGCAGCAGCGACCCUACUCCAAGUCCCGGAUAUGAUUAGCAAUGCUUGCAUUGUCGACCAGCACUGCAGUCCUUCCGUUGAGGCCGUGUUUUCACUUUUCACACAGUUCGAGCAUUCCAGCUGAGUCACAGUUGAGCUCUGCUCGUACCAAAGACAGACUGCGCCAAACGAGUGUGGUCUCCGUGCAUUUUCAGCAUCGGCAGAAGAACCGCUCGCACUGCUGUAAUGCAUACGCAUAUAUUUAUGCUUUUCGCUCACUGGUAUGAAAUUGUUAUUGAUUCUCUAGUGAGCAAUGACACCUCAGCCGGUCUUUAUAGUGACAAUCCUACAUCACGUCGUGGGAUGCAUCGUGGCUCUCUCUCUCUCUCUCUCUCUCUCUCUCUCUCUCUCUCUCUCUCUCUCUCUCUCUCAUUGAGUGAGUCAUUGUCGUUCAUCACGUGUCCUCUGAUCAUCCUUUUUUUUUUCUUCUGGCUUGAUUCUCUGCUGCAAAGUUUCUUGGUCCCCUCCGGUUUUGAUCAUUUUGACCCUUAGCUGAAAACUUACAGAAUGGGUGAGUUUCUGUCAAUCUCUUUGCCAUUGUGUCUGUCAGCAAGUCAUUACAUGGAACUUGUCUGAGUAUGAUUGUCGAUGAUGAUGAUGAUGAUUCUCUCACUGAGUGCGAUCCAGACUAAA